UGCACGAAGAUGUUGAUUAGAUUUUACAUUAAUUCAUCUAAAGAGUACAGUUUCAAGGUGCAUGAUUGGAGGAACAAAAGUAUCGGACCACGAAACGUUAAUGCCACGUGUUUGCACUGCGUUUUGGCCAUGGCAACCGUACCAGGGGUAGACGCACAGGUUGGUCCGUCCCUCCCUCCAGCCAAGAGAUCAAAUCCCGAGGAGGAAGAGUACCGUGAGAUUGUCAAGAAGAAUCGCAUCGAGGAGGAUAAGCCGGUGGUGGAGGAAGAUUCAUCCGAGGAGGAUGACUUAUUGGAUGAGAAUGACCUCCAGGAAUACUACCGAGCAGUCGCCGAGAGUGAGGGCUAUGAUUGUGGAGAUUUGAGUAAAUAUAAGUUCCAGUACUGGAUGCUAAGCCCAAUGUCCAAGGUUGAGCAUGAAGAAAUUAAAGGAUUUGUAGUGGAAGCUCUUAAUGGGUACAACAAGAACGAGGGAACGCAGCUAGUGUUCGAGAUGAUCGAGAAAGCUAACAUAGCAACGCCAUGUGUAGCGACAUACUAUGUCACCUACGUGGUUAAGGGCUCGGAGGAUGGUGAUCGCCCCAAAACCUUUCAGUGCCGCAUCCAUGAAUUCCUUCAGGGGUUCGAGGUCGAGCAGAUUAGGCCGAAACCUGCUGCUGCCUAGUCGUGCGUCUGGUUGGCUAAAGGAGUCCUCGUUGCUCCUUCUUUUGGUACUUACAAGUGGAGACGUCAGGCUCGGUGUUAAUCUGGUGAAAUUCGAAGACAGACAACCUGAAUAGUCGAGAGAUGGACAAUGGCAGAACAUUAUGUCGUUAGCUUUUUUAUGAAUAUAUUAAUUAUGUCGUUAGCGACUUGUUCCUAUAAGUCGAAUGGACCUUAUAAUUAAUUAUUUGCGAUGCAGUACCUGUUAAAAUUCAAUCCUUUUCCUUCU